UGAGUGGGAUGGUUUCGUAGUCACCGUCAACAACAGAGCGAUCAGAGAGCAGUGUGUAGAGUUGUGUCGACGCAAGCGUGUCAUCGCAAUUUUGAGCCGCUUCGAAGAAUUGAAGGUUCGCCUUGUCGGUACCGCUCGCGCGCGCUUCCGUUGGUAACAGGUCGGCUCGCACCCCUAGACCUUUAAAGGGUAGUGGACAGUUCCGACUUUGUCAUUUGGCCCGCACCGCCGAAAACCGAGAGUUGAGAUCUCUCUUGUGUACAUCGGUCGCGAUGUGAUUUAUUGCGGUCGAAUCCCAGCGGUCGAGUGAAUCACGAACAGCUCCCAGGAACAGGGACUCAUCCGCUGGUGUGUCGCAUUUUCAGGCGCAACCAUGGGAGCCGCGAUCACGAAGGGCGUCGAUCCACCCCAGGACGCCGGCUACAGCGGCACCCUGAAGGCACGCCCCACCACCCUGUUGCCACGGUCCCAGCUGACCGGGACCAUCCGCACGGGCACCCUCAGGGCGUCAACCCGCGGCGAGAAAAUGCAACAGCCGAUGCCCAGGGAUGUCAGCGAGAUCGAGAAGAGGUUUACAAAAGUCCUGAACUCGAUGGAUCUGCCGGUGGACAAGGCAAAGCUGCUGAAGCAGUACGACUUGGAGAAGAAAUGGGACAUGAUCUGCGACCAGGAGCUGGUCCACGCCAAAGAUCCGCCCUCUCGUUACCUCGACAAGCUGAGGACGUACCUGGACCCCAGAGCGUCACGCAGUGCCAGGAAGCGACGCAUGGUGUUGGACUCGACGUCAACCCAAGUGCUGCGCGACCUUGAGAUCUCUCUACGGACCAACCACAUCGAGUGGGUCAAAGAAUUCCUCAAUGAAGAAAACAAGGGACUCGAUGUCUUGGUGGACUAUCUCAGCUUUCGACUAAUGAUGCUCAGGAGAGAACAAAAAGGUACAGACAGUACAGACUCGUCACCGAACGGCUCCUUCCUCGGGGUGACCAACCACAAUCGGCCGCCGCUGUCGCUGACCGUGCCCAACAGCCCGGUUGUGAAAAGACAGUCGAGGCAUGUCGCCAAACUGAACAUGGGCGAGAGCAUGAGCGACAUCCACGUUUGCAUCAUGUGCCUCAGAGCCAUCAUGAACAAUAAGUACGGCUUCAAUUUAGUGAUACAGCACAGCGAGGCCAUCAACUGCAUAGCGCUCAGUCUCAUCCACAAAACGCUGCGCACCAAAGCUCUGGUGCUGGAGCUUUUGGCCGCCAUCUGCCUGGUCAAAGGCGGCCACGAAAUCAUCCUCAACGCCUUUAAUAGUUUCAAAACCGUUCUUAAUGAGAAGACAAGGUUUCAAACGCUCAUGCACUACUUCAUGAACGAAUCCUUUCAGAUCGAUUUCUUGGUUGCGUGCAUGCAGUUUGUAAACAUCAUAGUGCACUCUGUGGAAGAUAUGAACUUCAGGGUUCAUUUGCAAUACGAAUUCACGUCACUAGGCCUCGACCAAUACUUGGAAAGUUUGAGGCACACAGAGAGUGAAGAACUGAGGGUGCAAAUUUUAGCGUAUCUGGAUAAUGUUUUUGAUGUCCAUGCGUUAAUGGAGGAUAGUGAGUUGAAGACUGUAGCCCUGGAAAGGGUAACGGACUUAGAAGAGAAGUUGGGACAUGCGUAUGAUCGGCUAGAGGAGGCUGAGAAGGAAUCUCUUUACAAAAUCGGUGAGUUGGAGACAGCUCUGGCGGAGGUGCGGGCCGAGCGGGACGACCUGCUGAACAAGUGGCAGUCGGCGGACCACGAGGUCAGCACGCUGCGCAAGCGGUUCAACACUCACGAGUCAGAGAGCCUGAAGCGGCAGUCGUUGCUUGAGAGCAAAAUCAAGGAGCUGCAGAGCAACUCAACGUCGUCCUCGUGCUCCUCCCUUUCCUCGCCUAGUCAUUCUUCCAACAGUCUACCAGUCCCAGCGCCCCCACCACCGCCACCCGCACCGCCAGCGCCGCAGUGCAAGCCUCCACCACCGCCCCCGAUGUCCGGCCCGCCAAUGCCACCGCCCCCGCCAGGCUUUAUGACCGCCCCCGACGGUGCCAUGACCAUCAAGCGCAAGGUGGAGACCAAGCACAAGCUGCCAAUGCUCAACUGGGUGGCCAUGAAGCCAAACCAGGUGCGCGGCACAGUCUUCAACGAGCUUGACGACGACAAGCUCUUUAAAAUCAUCAAUUUCCAAGAGUUCGAGGAGCACUUUAAAAUCGGCAACAACUCGCUCGCCUAUGCCAAAAACUCGGAAGUUGACGGCCUCUCCACUUUUCCCAGCAAGCGCUUUAAGAAGCCUGAGACUAUUUCGCUCCUUGAGCACACCAGACUCAGGAACUUGGCAAUAUCAAGAAGAAAGGUUGGCAUGACAAUAGACAAGGUUGUUGCCGCUCUUAACUCUUUGGACUUGAAGCAGUUGUCUCUUGAAAAUGUGGAGAUCAUCCAGAAGAUGCUUCCAACCGACCAAGAGACUAAACUGUACAAAGAGUAUAUUAUUGAGCGGAAGAGCAUUGAUCUAUUGUCCGACGAGGACAAGUUCCUCAUGCAGUUGGGCAAAAUUGAGAGAGUUGCCACCAAACUGUCGAUCAUGAAUUACAUGGGAAAUUUUGUUGACCAGCUCCACGUCAACCAACCGCAAAUACUCGCUGUGAUUACAAGUUCAAAGAGCGUAAGAAACUCAGGCAAAUUCAGACAGUUGCUGGAGGUCAUUUUGGCCUUUGGCAACUACCUGAACUCGAGUAAGCGGGGACCAGCGUACGGCUUCAAGCUGCAGAGCCUGGGCACUCUUCUAGACACGAAGAGCUCGGACAGGAGGAUGUCUCUUCUCAACUAUAUUGUUCAAACCGUGAAACAAUAUUUCCCCGAUUUGAUGAACUUUGACUCCGAAUUGUUGUACAUUGAGAAGGCUUCAACAGUGUCCUUGGAGAACGUGAUGCACGACGUGCAGGAACUGGAGCGCGGAAUGGAAAAUGCGCGCAAGGAGCUCGAGCUGAGGAGCAGCUUCAAGGAAGAAGUGGUCGUACUCAAAGACUUUCUCAUCAACUCCGAAGACAAGAUGAAGAAGCUAUUGUGCGAAGCAAAGAACGCUCAAGAGUCCUUUAAAGAUUGCCUCGAGUAUUUUGGCGAGACCCCACGACAGAUGGAUGCCAACGCCUUCUUCUUGAUCAUCAACAAUUUUGUCAAAUCAUUCAAAGCUGCUGACCUAGAGAACGAGCAGAGACUGCGACUACAAGCGGCGGCGCACGAGCAACAGUCAGGCCUGAACGGCAGCCACGACGGCUCAAAGAAAGUAAAUGGACAAGCCAACUCGCAAAAAAAGCAGCAGGAUGCGGUGAUAACGGAAUUGAAGCAACGCGCUCGCCUGGUGCAAGAGACGCGUCUCAUGCCGCAGGACGAGGUGUACAAUGGUGCCCUAGAGGACAUACUCUUGGGUCUGAAAAACGAGCCGUACCGCCGGGCGGACGGUGUCCGACGCUCUCAGCGCAGACACUGCCUCUCGCGGAACAUGGAUGACUGUGACAUGUGAUACUAAAAUUAUUUAAAAGAGAAACUCGGAGCCAGAUAUUGUUAAUUAUCUUGCAUUUGUUUUUCACGCGCACAAGAUUAGAUGGGGAGCCUUCUAAUGCAUUUAUUCACUGACAUGUUCAGUGAGACGAAUUAUUUCUCCUGGUUGCGCGAGUGAGUUUGGUUCGCAUUGAAAUUUUGUUUAUAUUUAAAUUAUGAACGGAGUAAGACUGCAUGCAUGAUCCAAAACGGAAAUUUCACCAGAAAUAUAUCGAUCAUGUGAUUAAUUCAAAACUGUCAUUUAUCAGUUACCUGUGUACAAAUUGAAUCUCACACAAUUUCGUGAAAAGUUUAUCAAAAUGUAUAUAUUCUUUAUAUAGUCUUUUGUAAGAAUGAAAUUAAAAUUGUUAAGCAUA